AUGCCUUAUAUGCACAAUAGUUCGUAUCGUGAAAUACCAUUUUGUGCUGAGACUCCUCAUCAUGAUUUCUAUACUUAUGUAGACUUAAAGGAUGUUUCUGAUAAAUGUGAAAAUCAUUUGGGCGAAAUUGUGAGAUGCAGAACUAUCGGUAUACUUCAAAGCUUAAAUGGGCGGUAUUAUUUAACUGAUUUUGAUUCUUCAGGUGUAGAUUCGACAGCUCUCGUACAGAUUUCAGUGGUUUAUCUGCAGUUGCCACCACCAUCAACAGUGAUUCCUUACCCUGUACAGAUAUUUGGUUCACUGCAGUGGCACAAUCGGCCCGUUAUAUUCGCUAAAAUUUUACAGGUAUUAUGUGUACCAACCGCUGUAAGACUAAUGAAUGCACUAAGGGGCAUUACUUCUGCACAUUUAGCUAAGAGAACAUCAACACACAAUGAGAAUACGGCAAGCUGA